AUGAUUACCGGGCAGCUGGGAAAACCGGCGCUCCGUCUGCCGGAGAUGAGCGGGGCGGACCAGCGGGAGGGCGACCGGCCGGACACUCCGGACACUCCGGACAGCGAGCGGAGCGAGACGGGCGAUCCCCCGGCCCCGCCGCUCGAGGCCGGCGACGGGGAGGACUGCGACCACCCCGCCGAGCCCCGCGGGACCCCAGAAAGCUUGUCUCAUUGUGACAGACCUGACACCCCUACGGAGCAGCCUCAGGUCAAGCAGGCCUACCCAUCCUUUCCAGUGGGACCCCAGCGCCUGCUCUCAGCCCCGCAGUUGGCCUCGGCAGUAGGGGGCGUGGUGCCCGGGGCCCCUCCGUGUCUGAACCAGCCCGUGCUCCUGCCCCUCAGCAUGGCGGGGCAGCUGGGGGGGCAGCAGGGCCUGGUGCUCACCAUGCCCGGCGCCAGCCUGGCCAGCCUCCAGGGCCUGAUGGCAGCCGCGGCCGCCGGGGGCCUCAUGACCUUACCGCUACAGAGCCUCCAAGCUACCUCAUCCCUGAACUCCCACCUCCAGCACAUGCAGAAACUACAGCAGCUCCAGCACCAGCACCAACAGCAACACCAGCGACAGCAACACCAACAGCACCUACACCAGCAGCAGCAACAGCGGCUGCAAUACCAGCAGCAUCUGCAGCAACAGAAGCUACAGCAGCAACAUCAACACCAAGGACAGAAACUGCAACAACACCUACAAUACAACACCAACAGCAAGGACAGCAAUUGCAACAGCAACUACAACACCAACAGCAAGGGCAGCUACUGCAACAGCAACUACAACACCAACAGCAAGGACAACAACUGCAACAGCAACUACAACACCAACAGCAAGGACAGCUACUGCAACAGAAACACCUUCAGCAGCAACACCAAGGGCAGCCACGCCAAGCUCAGAAAGCCCUCGCCGUCCCUUCCCUGCUCCUCCUCGCCUCCCCACAGACAGAGCUCGCCCACCUGCAGCCUGGCCACGCCCCGCACACCUCCCUCACCUCUCCAGCUGAACUCUCUGUCCAAUCAGACGGCAGCGGCAGCAGCCGUGGGCUCCCUCGGUGGAGGGCAGCCGUUCGGCGGCACCGUGCCGGGCCUGCAGGGUGUAGGAGGCCAGCUGGUCACCAACUCACAAGGACAGAUUAUUGGAACAAUCCCAGUGAUGCCAAACUCUGCAGGAGCCGGCAGCCAGGCAGGAGGCGGAGCAUCAGGGCUGCCAGUACAGCCAAUCACACCUCAGCUCCUGACGAACGCCCAGGGCCAGAUCAUCGCCACCGUCAUCGGCAACCAGAUCCUGCCCGUCAUCAACACCCAGGGCAUCACACUUUCCCCUGUGAAGCCUGGACAGCAGUUGCCUCAGGUCCCACCAGGACAGGUAGGCCCCAUGGCCGCCAGCCUCCAUCACCGGCCACAUGGGCAGAACUCCGUUUCCCAGAGUCCUGUUCACCAGACCUCCUCCGCCUCCAGCUCCCCCUCCUCCACAGCCCUCAGUGUGGGGCAGCUGGUCAACAAUCCCCCGGGGGGCGCCGGAGAGCUGGAGGGGGUCAACCUGGAGGAGAUCCGCGAGUUCGCCAAAGCCUUCAAGAUCCGCCGCCUGUCCCUGGGGCUGACGCAGACUCAGGUGGGCCAGGCCCUCAGUGCGGCCGAGGGCCCUGCCUACAGCCAGUCUGCCAUCUGCAGACACACCAUCCUGAGAGGCCACUUCCUCCUACCGCAGGAAGCCCAGGAGAGCGGUUUAGCUAGCGGUCUGACUGCCAAACUGAACCCUGGCCUUUUAUACCCCGCCAGGUUCGAGAAGCUGGACAUCACGCCAAAAAGCGCCCAGAAGAUUAAGCCCGUUCUGGAGCGCUGGAUGGCAGAGGCUGAGGCCCGCCACCGUUCGGGGAUGCAGAACCUGUCCGACUUUAUCGCCCACGAGCCCUCCAAAAAGCGCAAGAGGCGGACCUCCUUCACGCCGCAGGCGCUGGAGAUUCUCAACGCCCACUUUGAGAGGAACACGCACCCCUCGGGGCAGGAGAUGACGGAGAUCGCCGAGAAGCUCAACUACGACCGCGAAGUGGUCCGCGUCUGGUUCUGCAACAAGAGGCAGGCGCUGAAAAACACAAUAAAGCGUUUGAAACCGGCCGAGCUAGACCCGGCCGCUCCGAUGGACUCCCUGACGGACGCCCUCCUGGAACCGCUGGAUGAACACUCUUAA